UUCUGAGCAGAAGAACAGGAAGAGGAAAGAACGGUCCUGCGCUCUCUGAAACCCUAACGAGACCCAUCACGAGGUAGACGAAGACGAGCAGGAGCGACCGACAGAGAAGGGGACGACGAUGCUGAGGAUCGCAGGGAGGAGGCUCUCUUCUCUGACCUUCAAUUCCUCGCGGCCUAUCUCCGCCGCCUUUGCCUCAUCCCGGGGCCAUGACCUGGGCUCCGAUAUCUCUUCUUCCAGAUCCAGCUCGUCCACGAAUGCUCUCCUCUAUUGGAACCCGGAGCUCCGGUUCCCGAUCAGAGGUUUCUCCUCAGAGGCUAUAGCGCCAUCACAUGACAUCGGACUCAUCUCGGACCUUCCUGCCACUGUGGCAGCUGUGAAGAACCCCACUUCAAAAAUCGUGUAUGACGAGUACAACCAUGAGCGAUUCCCACCUGGUGACCCUAGCAAGCGAGCUUUUGCCUACUUUGUGCUGUCGGGUGGAAGGUUUGUGUAUGCCUCCUUGGUCCGUCUUCUGAUCCUUAAGCUUGUCCUCAGCAUGUCUGCCAGUAAGGAUGUGCUUGCUCUCGCUUCCCUUGAGGUCGACCUCUCGAGCAUAGAGCCCGGGACCACUGUCACAGUCAAGUGGCGUGGAAAGCCGGUGUUCAUCAGGCGUCGAACGGAAGAAGACAUUAAGCUUGCUAACAGUGUUGACUUGGGCUUGCUUCGGGACCCACAAGAAGAUGCUGCUAGGGUUAAGAACCCCGAAUGGCUUGUUGUGAUUGGAGUCUGCACUCAUUUGGGUUGCAUCCCGUUGCCUAAUGCUGGUGACUUUGGUGGCUGGUUUUGCCCAUGCCACGGGUCUCACUACGACAUCUCCGGCAGGAUCCGUAAGGGUCCUGCACCGUACAACUUGGAGGUGCCCACUUACAGCUUUUUGGAGGAAAACAAGUUGCUGGUUGGGUGAGACCUUUUGCUGAAGAAAUUGUUGUGAAGCAAUUUUGUUUUCCUAAUGUAGCAUACAGCAGUAUUGUCACUGCAGGAUUUAUGCGUACUUGUCUUUCAUAUAAGGCAGCAAAAUUGAGUCUGGUUAACUGUUAUCUGCAAAUCGACUGUCUCCUUUUUGAUGAGGUUAGGUAUGCUGCCAGUUCCGGGUAGCAUUUUGUGAUUCUGAAUAAUACUCCUGGAUUGUUUGUGUUUUACCCUUUGCCUCAAUUUAUUCAUCCGAAAAAUAAAAGAGACCAGUUUCGUGAA